AUGAUGGCCACCAUGGUAGGUGUCAUCUUCGCCCACGGCAUUGGAAUUUCAGGCGGAGUGACUUCAACGGAGUCAUUCUUGAAAAAAGUUCUUCCGCGAAUAUGA